UUUCCUCUUGAAAUAAAAAACUUGAUUGGGGGGAGAGAAAAAAAAGAAAAAGAGAGAGAGAGAGAGAGAGUGCAUUGCAGAUGAAUGAAAGUUAAAGUUUAUUAUCAUUGAACGUUUUAUUCCUUUUUGAUGAAUCAUCAUUGGAUAACGUUUGCAGUUUUAAUCAACAGGGAGAGAGAGAGAGAGAGAGAGAGAGAAGUAUUUGAUAUUUUCUUUUUAACAAGUGGAAUGAACGAACCAUCUAUCAGAUUAUGUUGUUUUCUUUGAUCGUCGUCAUUUGAUAGAAAAAAAAAAAAAAAAGAAAAAUCAAGAAGAAGAAUGUUUCAUUUAAGUUAAUCGCAAGAUUAAGGAAAAUCAUGAUCAAAUCGUACAUUCAUUUUAAUUAUUGUCAAAAGAUUUUUAUAAGACAGAUGAUAUCGUAUUGUCGAAAAAAGUCGAAGAAAUCGAGAAGAUUUUGACACUUUUACUUUCGAAUAAUUUACAAAAAAAAAAAAAAGGAUACAUCCAUGUGAUUUUUAUUGGAUUAAAAUAAAUCAUAGUUGUAAUUAAUCGAUUGCAAAAAAAAAAAAUAAUAAUAAUAAUUAAAAAAAAAAAGGAAAAAAAAAAAUAGACGAAGUUUGAAUUGAAUAAUUGAAUGACUUUCAACUUGAGUUUAGUAUAAACGAAUGAAUUUAAACUCGAAUAUUAUAUAAUAUCCUGUGUGGUGACAGAAUAACAACACUGAUGCAGUUGAAUCGUUGACCUUCAUAUUUUUCUCAACUGUCUUCAUCGUAACGAGACCUUUUUUUAUUACCUUUAAAAGAAGAUGAGUAUGCCUCAGGCUAAUUGAACAUCACACACGUUCAGAUAUUUAUUGCAAGAGGAAGAGGAAGGAGAAACAUAAGGAAAAGUAACAAAGAAAUAAAAAGAAGAAGAAGAAGAAGAAAAAGAAGGUUGUGCAUUUUAUUAAAAGGAGAUGUAAGAAAUCCUUUCUAUCGAUCAAGGUCAAUCCUUAGUGAUCUCCACAAGUGGUCAGAGAAAUGACGGUCACUUAUACUGCCGAGGUUGCUACCUGUCGUGGUCUUGGAUGUUUUCUUAAAUUAUUACUCAGAUGGAGAGCAAGUAUAUACAAGUUGGUAUGGAUAGAUCUAGCUCUAUUUCUAUUCAUAUAUUAUUCAUUAUCAAGUAUUUACCGAUUGAUACUGGAUGACGAUCAAAAGAAAAUAUUUGAAGCUAUAGUUGGAUAUUGCAACCAAUACAGCGAUUUAAUACCAUUGUCAUUUGUGUUGGGAUUUUACGUUAGUAUUGUUAUGACAAGAUGGUGGAAUCAAUAUAUGGUGAUACCUUGGCCAGAUUCUAUUGCAGUAUUUGUAUCAGCAACUAUACACGGUAACGAUGAAAGAGGUCGAUUAAUGCGUCGUACUAUAGUCAGAUACGUUUGCGUUUGUUUGACUUUGGUCUUGGCCAACGUGUCACCAAGGGUCAAGAAACGUUUCCCAACGUUGGAACAUUUAGUCGAUACUGGAUUACUUUUAGAAAAUGAACUUUCAGUAUUUCAAGGUUUAAAUAAUAAAUUUCCUAAACCCAGUAAACAUUGGUUACCCAUUGUAUGGGCUUCCAGUAUUGUUACAAGAGCUAGAAAAGAAGGUAGGAUUCGUGAUGAUUUUGCUGUCAAAACACUCAUCGAUGAACUCAAUAAAUUUCGUGGUAUGUGUGGUAAUCUGAUACAUUAUGACACCAUAAGCGUUCCUUUGGUUUAUACUCAGGUCGUUACGUUGGCCGUUUAUACGUAUUUCUUGACAAGUGUCAUGGGUAGACAAUGGAUUCAAACUUCAAAUGCAUCUACCAUCGACCUGUACUUUCCCGUAUUCACGACACUACAGUUUUUCUUUUAUAUGGGCUGGCUCAAGGUCGCUGAAACUCUGAUCAAUCCUUUCGGAGAGGAUGACGAUGAUUUUGAAGUUAAUUGGAUCAUCGAUCGUAACUUACAAGUGAGUUAUCUGAUCGUUGAUGAGAUGCAUCAUGAACAUCCAGAAUUGAUACGUGAUCAGUAUUGGGAUGAAGUAUUUCCAACUGAGCUUCCAUACACGGCAGCAUCUCAACCAUUCCGUGAGGAACAUCCUCAACCUUCUACAGCUGGCAUACAAUUGUCAGCAGCACAGCAAGAAGUUUUACCAUCGUCGGUUAGGAUCGAUGAAAUGGCACCGGACUUUCAACAAAAAUUUUCUAACGAAAUUGCCGACGACGCUGCUUCUGGUAUACACUUUACUGCAGAUGGAAAAUUGUCCAGAAGUAUUACCACUGCUAAAAUGCCAAGAAGUGCCAGCAGAGUGAGUAAUCGUGACCGUACUUUUAGCAGUGGAUCGACGCCAAGUAAUCUGGGUGGUUCGCUGACCAGGGUCAACAGUGUAACCAGUAUGUUGAAGAGAUUGUUCAGUACUGUAGAUAGAACUGAUGGUUCGGCCAGCGGUUCCAAAACACCUGGAAGAAUUCCUAAUUCAAGUUCUGCAGUAUCGUUGCAACCUAGAGUCAUCGGUGGUACGGGUGGCUCAGCCAGGAUCGGAGUCAUCGAAGAAGUCGACGAACAGAUGACGAUGACAUCGAUGAGAGCAGAAAACAGGCCCCACGUUCAAAGUAUUUUUCCACAAGGACCUCCUCCACCUAGUGCACCGGUUGACGUCCCUGAAACCAAUCAUUCUAGAAACAGAGACACCAUUUCAAACAGUGCACCGGCUACUGCUUAUGUACCUGCUCCUGGUACAAGUGGGAUUGUUCAUGAUUUUGAAAAUGGCAAUCCUCCUAUUGCUAGGAGAGAGAGAUCAAGUAUAAGCUAUGAACCUUCGAGGAGUUAUCAAAGUACCACGACUGGGGAUGGCAUGAUCAGUCCUAGAAGUUCAAUAUCUUCGACGACCAGUAGUUCGGGCGAUGAGUUUACCAAAUUAAAAGUAGAACGAGAAAAUCAGAGGCGAGAAAAAGCAUUCAGAAGAUUAGCUCGAAGUGUCAGUGGUCAUACUAAUAUUAUUCAACCCGAAGCAAGGAACUUAACGGAAAACGAAUUAUUAUUAUUAACCGAAUUAGCUGAUGCAUCGAGAACUGCAAUGAUAUCGAGAAGUCCCGAUGACAAAGGAAACAAUAUUACUAGGGUUUAGGUGAACUCUAUUAUUAGUUUUUAUAUCAAUUUCGCGUGUUAUUUGUGAUAAAGUGUAAGUUAUUUUAUUAAAUGCUACAUUAUGUGCCAGUUACUAUGGUAAACUGUAAAAGUAAGGUGGGAUAGAAAUGAAUGAACAAAGAUGGACAAGUUUUUUAAUUAACAUUCCGAUAAGAUAUGCGUACUUUUGAAAUUUAUCUAUUGGCUCUAGAUAAUAAGCUUCAGAUAGACAUAUUAGGGCUACUCAACAAUUAUUUAGUAGCUUUUCUUGUUUUCAUUUGGCUAAUAUCAUGGCUGUGUAUUGAUCUACAUAUACUUAAAACAUGUACAUACACCAUUGAAAUUAUUGCAAAUGAUUUUUCACAUAUAUUAUAGGAUGACAAUAAUUAAGAAAACGAUCGGUGCCGACUUGUGACUUAUUUUUAUACGUUCGUGUUUUUCCUAUUUAUCAAUGGACACUUAUAAGGUAGCAAUAAUUAUCAAUCUAUUCAAUUGACACGACAUUGUUACAUUUUUGUUCCCGUUUAUUGUAUUUUAAUUUGAACGCACAACAAACCAAUUGAAAAUAUAUAUUUCGUCGAUUUAGAUCGGAAAGUGCCUAAAAUGUGCCUAGGGUUUAAUUGGGCACAUGAAAUACUCUGACAUAAGGUGCAUUUGUGAAACACCGCGCUAUUGGUCUAUUUAAAAGGAAGACGAUGUUAACGCUUAUACAUAUGCUGUAUUUCAUAUAUGAUGUUUUUUACAAUUUCGAGAUAAGAUCCUUUCCCCUUCGACUUUAAAAAUAAGACAAACGUUAGAGGUAUGUUGAACAUUCCAAAGAAAAUAAGACCGGAGGGAGGGUCGUUUGUAUUUUGUGUCUCUGGUGCUACCAAAAAGAAAACACUUAUCCUUUUUCAGUAUUAAAUAAAGUAGUAAAAAGAUCAA